AUGUUAGGUAAUUUACUGAAAAAUAAGACUAGAUCUUCUGUCUCCGAUAAAAAUCCUCAGCAUUCCGAUUAUUCCUCGGUAGUGCCCAAUGUCCCUGUGUAUUGUAAAGCGGCGAACACAGGAACUACCAAGACCGCUGUUGGUGCUCUUUUGGAUACCGCAGUCAAUGUGGAAAAGCAUUCAGAAAUGCUUUCCACAACUUCCCCGCCCAUUUUAGAUCACAUAUCAGAUGAUUUAAAACUAAAGCUUUUUGGCUCUAGGGACAUUCCGUAUAGUCGACCCAUUGAUUCACUGCAGGAAAACGGGGUUCUCAACUCAGAGAAGAUCACCUCCAUCAAUGAAAAGACGUAUGCGUUUAGGGUUUUAAUCAUUGAGGAAGCCGGUCAAAUGGCGUGUAGGAACAAUUACCGUGAUAUUUUUGAUUACACCACGUCAAAAGCCUCCAAUUCGAUGGAGCAAAUAAGGCCGAGUGAGUUGAAGGAGUAUAUAUUUGGUUCUCCUGUGAGGUCUUCGGAUUUGACGCAGUGUGACAAAAUAAGGACCAUUCCCAACUCGGAUUUGGUACUUAUAACAAGAAUAUUCUAUUAUACACAUCAAUACAACCGUAUUGCGGUCAGCUUGUGCAUACCCAAGAUCUUGUUGCCCGUGGUCGCAGAGUCGUGGUCUUGUAUUUCAUCAUGGUUGACCCAAACUCAAAAAAUGCUCCUUAACUUCCUGACUAUAAACCGUACUAUGCAAGAAAACACUGGUAAUUACGGUAAUAAUUCGGUUAUAAAACUGUCAAAUAUAGAUAUCAAGACACACUAUCCAAAAGAAAUUGAAAUUAUGGUUCAAACCUUACAGAAAAGAGUUAUUCCAUGUUUACGUUCUAUGUCCGAGAUCCCCAGACUUUUCCUCUACCCUGAGACAUUCAAAGAGUUUGUUCACGUUUGGUUCAAAAGCAUAUUUAAUUGGAUUGAAAUCAAAGAUGGUCCCAAAUUAGGAUUUCUUCCUCUCCUAAUGGCAAUGGUUAUUUCCGAUUACAGAUACACUAUGAAGGAAUUGAAGACAUCUAAGAUCGUCAUUCUCUCAGGAAACAUGGUGGUUGCCAACAAGUUACUCUUUAUCUUAUCGGCCUUAUUAGAACCAAAGUACAAAGGACAAAUAACAAUACGCCAGGAAAACAUGAGGUCAAAUUCAUCCGCUGUAUCAAGAGAUAAAUCUAAUAACAAUUUUGCCAACAGAUCCGAGACAGAAUUAAGUACUUUAACUUCAAAUGACAAUCUUGUAGGUCGCGCAGAAAACAACGGUAGCCAUAAUAUUUACAAUAGUAAUGCCAAUCCUAAUAACUUUGGAUCUCCCAAUUACCAUUCUUUAAGGAAAGGGUGGCAAAUACCUAAUCGGAGAAACUCAAAUACCUCGGUUUCAGUAUCUUCAAACGAGUCUUUGGCUGAAGUCAUUCAGCCAUCUUCCUUCAAAAGUGGGAGCAGUUCAUUACAUUAUUUAUCGUCUUCUAUUUCAAGCCAACCUGGUUCUUAUGGAUCUUGGUUCAAUAAAAGACCGACACUCUCUCAAUUCUUUCAGCCAAGCCCUUCUCUAAAACAUAACGAGUCAUGGGAAAGGCUACAAACAACGAAUGGUAAUUUACAGAGAACUUCAAGUUCCUCCUCAUUGCAACAAGCAACAUCUAGGCUAUCCUUAACAACCCCGCAACAAUCACCAUCAAUCAGCGAAUAUGACGAAUAUCCUUGGAUGGGGACACCAGGCUCUCCGAAUGUUGGAGAUGCAUCUCAUGCACCUCCCUUGAUAAAGAAUAUUUCAUAUAAGUUUCCGCUCAAGAAUGUUGACCUGAAGAGAGAUUGUCAGAGGAUUUCUCAAGAUAAGCUAUUGGAUGAGGCAUUUGAAAAAAUAUGUCUGCCUUCCUUGAGUGACCUAGAUUCCACCUACGAAAUUUUUCCUGGUAAUUCUUCAUAUGCAGAUAUUCUGACUACUGAUUCUAACAUUGGUGAUGAUUUAAUGGACAAACCCUUAGAAUUAUUGCCCAAGUAUACAAUGUACCUAACACAUUUCAGUAACUUUUUCCAAUUGCAAGCAUGUCCUGUCGGUCAAGAAUCAGAGAGCAGAAUAACAAAUUCCAUGAAGAUUGACCUGCUAAGGACGGAUUACACGAGAAGUUUACUGGUUUCAUUACGCUCGAGGGAUAUUAGGGAUGUUGCAUUGAAAAGAGAGUUUGCCGGUAAUGGUAACAAUAAUAGCCAUGAUAUUUAUGGUGAAAACUUUACUGGAAAAAGGAAAUAUGUGUUAAAACAGAAAACCAAGAAAAUCUUUUCCUGUGGUAAAAUCGGCAAGUUGAGUAAUAGUUUAGAAGAUUGUGUUAAUUUCGUGGAAAGUAGUAUAAAGAAUGCAAUGAUGCUAUAUGAUGAUAAUGGAAUUAAUGGUGAUCUCCGUGAUUCAGAAGCGUUACACAUUUUUUCAUCUCUUGUUCAUUAUUGUAAUACAGGUUAG